CAAGCAGCAUAUCGCUUGAUAGAUCGAGCAAGGUUUCGAGGUUUAUUGCACCGCGUGCUGCAAGCACAGCGUUCUCUGAUUGAUCGCUACCCGGAUGAUCUACAGCUGCACAACGAUCAAGCACUAACGUUUCUGAUGAUGGGACGUGAUGAUGACGCACGCAGAAUUUUCGAAAAUGUUUUGAAAAUUUCGCCGACGAACGGAGUGGCUCAAGCCUAUUACGGAUAUUUGUUGAAACUCGGAGGCGAUUUAGACAACGCAGUGUUGUACAUGCGUAAAGGCUUGCGAGCCGCAAGUGAUAUGAUUGCUGAUCCGAGGUACGAUAUUUACUCACUUAUCAAAGAAACCGUCUAA